CGCAACAGCAUCAGCAGCAGCAGCAGCAGCAGCAGCAGCAGCAGCAGUGAAGUCAACAUAACGUUGACGUUGUGUUAUUGUCUUGCCUACGCGUAUCAAUUUCGUAUUAAUCGAUACACGCAAUCAAGGAUAGCGUAUCAUUAGGAUAACGCGAGUUCGGAGUGCUGUGCGUGCGAGUGUUUUCUGCUGGGAUCCGAGCAAACUUUCUCUCCCCGCGGACGGCGAUAUCAAAAUAAUCAUGGCAGGAUUCACCGAGAGUGCUUUAUUGAAGAAGCUGGUGGACCUCAACUGCUCGCAGCAGAGCAUACAGACGUUGUCCCUGUGGCUGAUACAUCACAGAAAACAUCACGCGUUGAUCGUGAAGAUCUGGUACAAGGAGCUUUGCAAAUCAAAAGACAGCAGAAAACUGACUCUUAUGUACUUGGCUAACGAUGUCAUACAAAACAGUAAAAAGAAAGGUCCGGAAUUCGGGAAGGAAUUUGAAAGCAUACUGCCUAAGGCAUUCGAAAACAUGAAAAACUUUGAUCCUAAGACUAGAGAUAAAGUUAACAGAGUGAUUGCUGUAUGGGAAGAAAGAGGAGUGUAUGAUAAAGCACAAAUUGCCAAAUUCAAAAAUGCAUUCAGCGUUGGAGGCAGCAACAAUAAACGUAGCAACAACGAUGAAGCUGCAGCGACUCCGAUUUCAAACAAAAAACCUCGUGUUGACCAUGAUAACGAAAAGAAGAAAGAGAAGAAAAAGUCUGAAACAGAAAUUGAAGUGGAUGGAACCAAAGAAUUACAUGUGACGCUUAGCCCCCACACUCCUGGUGGAGAUCCACCAGAAACAGAAGAAUUAAUCAAAGCACUUGUGGAACUUGAGAAUACUGCUUCUUCUGAUGCUGCAGUAAGAGAGAGAAUAGCGUCUUUACCUCCAGAAGUAUCUGAGGUAUCUCUAUUAGCAAAUCUUGCAGACAGAGCAUCUGCUGAUCAAUUGAGCGGUGCCGUUAAUGAAGCUGCAGCUCUUUUAGCUGAUUAUAAUGGAAGGCUGCAAGCUGAAAUGGAAGACAGAAGAAAACUUUUGACAAUGUUAAAAGAUUAUACAACUGGACAAAAGCAACUACUUCAGCAAGCUCAAACAACACUAGAGGAGCACAAAAAGAAAUUGAAGAAAAUGCUAUCAGUUAGAGCUGAAGUCAAAUCUCAUAUUGCUAAUCUUCCGGAUUUAACACAGUUACCAGAUGUCACAGGAGGUUUGGCUCCUUUGCCUUCUGCUGGAGAUUUGUUUUCUCUACACCAUUAAUAAUCAAGUGCUUGUCAUAAUCCAUAAGAGUUUAAAGUAAGUUUGACUUGGAAAACCCAUAAUUAAGAAAUAAUUAAGAAUGUCCAUCCUUCAUAGUUGGUACAUCACAUUAAUUCAUGCAACGUAAAAUCAAUUUUCAAUUUCUGUUAAAGGUGUGAAGGAAAAUAAUUUGUUUUCUUUAAAAUAUUUAUAAAAUACAUUACUUUCCAUGUUUUACUAUUAUCAAAGUAAGAACUAAAUGUAGGCAAACUCUAAAUAAGUUUACGAUUUAAACCUAGAUUAAUUUAUGCCUCCAGUUACAAUCUAGGAAGAUUGUAUUAUUAAAUUUCUUAAACAAAAUGGCAAACUACGCACCUAUGUUUGAGAGUGUAAACAUAAAAUUGCACAUGGUAGUGAUCGAAUUAUUAAUUGAAAUCUAAAAAAUUUUAAGUGCAAAUUGUAUAAAUGUUAUAUUUUACUUUCCGUUAUAAAUUUUUAAUAUUUCAUCUAUUUUAUUUUUUAAUUUUUUUGUUUGUAAUUUAAUAUGAUACAUGAAUUAACGCAGUAAUUCAAUAGAUUCAACUUGAUGGGGAAAAUAUUUUGUAAUAAUGAAUAUAAAUGAUAAAGUCUUUGAAAAGUAUGAAAUGAAUGAAUGCGAGAAAAUAUAUAUGAAUUGUAAGAAUUGUAUGUUGUAUCGUAACAGAUGGGUAAUAAUACUUUUGGAAUUUUAUUUAUUAUUUUCAAUUGAACUAGUACGGUAAUUUCGAACACCUAUGUGAUAUAUAUAUUUUGGACAUAAUUAAUUUCCAGCUUGUAUUAUUCAAUUGUACCUUGUAUAUAUUUAUCUUGAAGAUCGGAUGAUAAUGAUACUUCUCAUAAUGCAUUAUUUUUCGAGAUUCUCUACUAAUAAAAUUAUGAGCAUGUAUACAUGUCAGUUGUUUAAACUAUUUAUUAUCUGAACAUAUUUUUAAUAAUUAUAUUGAAUGAUUAUUGAAACUGAGUUUAUUAUCAAUAAAUGUGUUGAAGUUA